AUGUCCGCCACGAUCGGCAAGGUGAGAUCAAUCAAGUUGGGGAAGACCCCAGACACAUACGAUACAGCUACACGUGGAAUCCAGCGACGUCGACUGCUCCCUGCGCCUGCGGCUGUUCCGGUGACGCCGAACCGCGCCGAGGUCGGAGGUGCGGAGGGGGCAAGAACCAAUUGCAAGGCCCGAAUUCUUGACUCAGAGCGGUCGACCGUCCAAAAGCGCUCUGCGCGCUCUGCACAUCCAGAGGCAGCUCACCUCUGCUCGUCGACCUUUCUCGACUUCCUUCGUGGCUUCGGCUGCUUCGCCCACCGCUCUUCUCCUCAGAAGCGUACCCAGAGUACUGCUGCUGCUUCUUCUGAUACCAGACCCGUCCCUAGCCCGGCGUUCAACCAGGAGCCUCACCGCAAUGAGGUCUCUCCUCUGCAAAAUCGCCAGCUCCCCGAGCUCGAUGACUCAAAGGAAAGAAUGGUGGGCAUGAGCGGUGGUGAAAUCUUCCACGAGAUGAUGUUGCGUCUCGGUGUGAAGCAAGUCUUCGGUUACCCUGGUGGUGCCAUUCUUCCCGUCUUCGAUGCCAUCUACAACUCAAAGCACUUCAACUUCACUCUCCCCAAGCAUGAACAAGGUGCCGGUCACAUGGCUCAGGGCUACGCUCGUGCUUCUGGUCUGCCCGGUGUUGUUCUGGUCACUUCCGGUCCUGGCGCUACCAAUGUCCCCACCAGCGCUAUCGGUACCGAUUCCUUCCAGGAGGCCGAUGUCAUUGGUAUCUCCCGUGCCUGUACCAAGUGGAAUGUGAUGGUCAAGUCCGUUGGUGAGCUGCCUCGCCGAAUUCAAGAGGCCUUUGAAAUCGCUACCAGCGGCCGCCCCGGUCCCGUUCUCGUCGACCUGCCCAAGGAUGUUACCGCCGGCAUUCUCCGCAACCCCAUCCCCAUGCACAGCACCAUUCCCUCUCUCCCCAGCGCUGCCACCAUGGCCGCUCGCGAUAUGAGCAAGAAGACCCUCCAGCAAACUAUUGGCCGUGUUGCCCGUCUGGUGAAUAUGGCCGAGAAGCCCGUUCUCUACGUCGGUCAGGGUCUGCUUGCCCGUCCCGAUGGUCCUGAGAUCCUGAAGGAGUUUGCCGACAAGUGUCAGAUUCCCGUCACCACCACCCUCCAGGGUCUUGGUGGCUUCGACGAGCUGGACCCUAAGGCGCUCCACAUGCUUGGUAUGCACGGCUCUGCCUACGCCAACAUGGCCAUGCAGGAGGCCGAUCUUAUCAUCGCCGUCGGUGCUCGUUUCGAUGACCGUGUCACCUUGAGCAUUCCCAAGUUUGCUCCUCAGGCCAAGGCCGCCGCUGCCGAAGGUCGUGGUGGUAUUGUUCACUUCGAGAUCAUGCCCAAAAACAUCAACAAGGUCGUCCAGGCCACCGAGGCCGUUGAGGGCGACUGCGCUGACAACCUCCGCCUUCUCCUGCCUCAUGUCAACGCCGUGACCGAGCGUAAGGAGUGGUUCGAGCAGAUCAAUGACUGGAAAACCCGCUUCCCGCUCUCCCUAUAUGAGCGUCAGGCCGAGGACGGUCCUAUCAAGCCCCAGGCUGUCAUUGAGAAGCUCAGUGACCUCACUGCACACAUGAAGGACAAGACCAUCAUCACAACUGGUGUCGGUCAGCACCAGAUGUGGGCUGCCCAACACUUCCGUUGGCGCCACCCCCGUACCAUGAUUACCUCUGGUGGUCUCGGUACCAUGGGUUACGGUCUGCCUUCCGCCAUCGGUGCCAAGGUGGCUCGCCCCGACUGCCUGGUUAUUGACAUUGACGGUGAUGCUUCCUUCAACAUGACUCUGACUGAGCUUUCCACUGCUGCCCAGUUCGGCAUUGGUGUCAAGGUUCUUCUGCUUAACAACGAAGAGCAGGGCAUGGUCACACAAUGGCAAAACCUGUUCUACGAGGACCGUUAUUCCCACACCCACCAGCAGAACCCCGAUUUCGUUCCCCUGGCCCGCGCCAUGCGCGUUGCCGCGGAGCGUGUCUCCCGCGCCUCUGAGGUUGAGGCCAAGCUGAAGUGGCUCAUUGAGCAAGAGGGCCCCGCUCUCCUCGAGGUCAUCACUGACCGCAAGGUCCCUGUCCUGCCCAUGGUUCCCUCUGGCCGAGGUCUCCACGAGUUCUUGGUCUAUGACGAAGCCAAGGAGAAGGAGCGCAAGGAUCUGAUGCGGAAGAGGAAUGUCGACUUUGCCGUCAACCACCGCGACUAA